AAGUAGCCCGGCAACCUCAGGCAUGUGCUCUCAUAUACUACGGUGCGGCUCGAGGAGCAGCGGUCCAGAGGUUCACAUAUGCCGAGGUGUGGAAGACGGCUGUGGGGUUGGCCAAAGUCUUCGGUGAAAGACUGCGUUCGGUUGCUUGCUCGAAGAAGGGAGGUUCUGCCAUACCGAAAAGGCAGUCGGCGUGCUAGUCCAGGAGGGACCGAUGCUGCCCAUGAUCCAUCUCGCUGUUCUGCUGACGGAACCGGCAACGGCGAUGGUCCCGAUGGAUCCCGCAGAUCCCCGACUGCCUCUGGUGAUCCAGGACGUGUCGCCGGACCUGAUUGUUGCACAGGACGACGCAUACAAAGCAUUGGCUAGCGCAAUACAGCAGUGCCACAACGCUGAAAGAAGUCUGGGGAAUGGAGGGUGGCAGGGUCCGGGCCAAAUCACUGUGAGCGAAUCAGUAAAGGCAACUCAAACAUGGGAAAGAGAACGUCCCGACGCCAUGGGCUCGUUUUCCGUUGGUCUUCGGAAGUCAGAAGACGUUUCCCACAUUUACAUGACCAGCGGCUCUACAGGCAGGCCGAAAGGCUGUAUAUCUACACACGGCGCAUUAGCAUCGUAUUGCAGCGCGAAAAAUGUAGCACAUCAGGUUACGUCCGACAGCAUAUGCUUUGUGGCGUCCGCACCGAGCUUCGAUCCAUCAUAUGGGGACUUCAUGGCCAGCUGGAGCAUAGGUGCAACUGUAGCGAGCGCUGAUCGGCAAACCAUCUUCACGAUGCUGGGAGAGUGCCUGAAGGAGACAGGGGCAACGCAUGUCCUUACGACACCGUCUCUGUUCAACACUAUCUUGCACGACAAGCUUGGGCCGAAAGACUUACCAGCGCUUCGCACGAUAGCAUUAGGCGGGGAACCGAUGUCGCUGGAAACUGUGAGGGUCUGGGCCGAUGCGGCACGGCUCAUCAACACUUAUGGUGUCACGGAAUGCUGUGUAUAUCAAGCCUAUGCCAUCGUUCGAGACGCGGCGUCGCGCAAAUUGAUUGGCGAAGCAUUAGAAGGAAACACCCUCCUCGUCAUGACAAACAACGGAGAGCUAGAGAUGCUUGCUGACACCGACCCUGCCGCCAUGCUCGCCGUCACACCUGGGAAAGAAAGCACCGGAGAGCUCUGGAUUGCUGGGAAGCAAGUAGGCGUCGGCUACCUGAAUCGAUCAGAGCUCACCCAGAAGAAAUUCAUACAUCACCCUACACUUGGACGCUGCUUCCGUACAGGAGAUGUGGUCAAGGUCUUCUCGCAGGACGGGAAAGACCACAUGAGAUUGUUGGGAAGGUUGGACCAUCAAGUAAAAAUCUCAGGGCAGCGCGUAGAUCUCGAAGAAUGCGAGGUCGCUUUGCUUGCGUGUGCGACGGAUAUUCUGCUGUCGCAAGCGGCAGUAGUUUUACAUCAAGAGACGAAACAGCUUGUGGCAUUCUGCGUACCUCAAGACGCCGAAGGAAUCUUUACCGACGAUCAUCAUCAGCGCAUGUUGAUUGAGUUGCUCCGGACGCUGAGCGCAGAACGUCUUCCGCGGCAUAUGAUUCCCUCUCGAUUCAUCUUUGUUAAAGAGUUACCGCAAACAAGCACGGGCAAAAUCGCAAGAACGAGUCAGGCCAAACAGCCUCUGCCGUUUCUGAACGGUGAAUCGAUUGACAAUGAGGAGACAUACGGAGGGUGGACUGCUGCGAUCGAGAAGGUGUGGAAAAAAGAAAUGGGAUUUGCGGCUUCAGCUCGACUGGGGAACCUAGCGCAUUUCCAGGAACAUGGAGGCGAUUCCCUCACAGCGUUGCGGAUAUGCAAAGAAUUGGCAAAUGUAGCUGGCGGCUUGAAAUCUCAACAAACUUCAAAAGAAGAAUCCGAUGGCACAUUUGGAGAGCUUUUGGGUCAGCUUGCACCGGCAGAGUUGCUGAAGAGGCCGGUUUUGGGGAGUUUCGCGCGAUAUAUACAAGAGUGCUUCGGAAGCCUGGACCCAGACUCUCAAUCGCAAUUGCGUGAGAUAUCGGAUGAGGGCAGGACAAUCAAGAUUACCGAUAUAUUCUCAGCUGCUGGCGCUGGUGCGACAGCCAUUGUACGAUUCUUCGUACAAAAACGGGGAGUCGAUCCAGGAGGUGGCGCGGCACAGGACAACCUUCGCCUCGCUACACCCCUACAUUGCGCAUGCUUGAACGGACAUGUAGACACAGCGCGAUAUCUCUUGGAAGCUGGCGCAAAUCCAGGAGCGAUCGACACACACGGACGGACACCGUUCCAUCUCGCCUGUCAAAGCGGGAGCCUCCCUCUCGUCUCGGUCCUGAAUGACGCAUACAAACCAAGCAACAAGAAAGGCACGGUAUCCCUCUUCCUUCGCCAAGACACCUCCGGCCAAUCUCCACUCCACUACGCCGCCCGCGCAGGAGCCCCAUCAUCCAUCCUCGAACUCCUCCUCUCCAAAUCCCCCAAACCCGAGUUGUUUCUCGAGCUCCGUGACGAAUGGAGGCGGACAGCGCUCCAUUGGGCGGUCGUCAACGGACACCGGAACGCCGCGCAGACGUUGCUGGCGUGGGGCGGUGACCGGCAAGCGGUCGAUUCGGCGGGAGAGACGCCUUUGGAUGUUGCGGAGCGGAGAGCGAGAUGUGGGGCGAAUGAAAGGCAGGCUGGCGUGGGCGCGAGCGUUUUUGGCGAUAUCGCAAAAUUGUUGGGAGGCAGUGGGGCGACGAAAAAUGUUAGCAGGUUUUCUUAGGGUAAAUUUGUAGGAUGUUCGCGUAGGGCGUAUAAUGUAUAUUGGCAUUUGCUUUCCGUUUCGAUUUCUUCGCGGUCAUGUGAAGAUUUUCCUCUCUCCCUCUCAUGGUGGGUGCGGACUUGAGACAAUUCAUCAUAUUCCAAGAUUUCUCUGCGCCGAAUGCUGGUCGCCCAAUCUACAUCUGGCUACACCGACCUCCCCGAUGACAUAAAUGUAGCUUGCCAAUGAUGAAGGCGGACGGGUGGGCGGACUCCAUUGGGAUUCAGU